AGGCUCGCGAGGAGCCUUGCUUCCAGGCGCUAUCCAAUAUUGUUUACUUCUUGUGCACACAAGAUUGCUUACGACUUCUUGGGUCGAUAAGAUUGCUUACGACUUCUUGGUAUCCAGAAGAAAAGAUUGCUUAUUUCUUGUAUCGACAAGAUUGCUUGCGACUUCUACUUCCGAAAAGGUUGCUGACGGCUUCGACUUCUUGUGUCGACAGUAUUGCAAGGGGGCAUUGCCACGACCCAGUAUCGGAAUAGCCUUCGCCCCCGACCACGGCUUCCUGCUCGAGACGGCAGGACAUGACCACUCGAGCACGGGGCAGUUACCAGCAUCUCCUGCUGGCCGUUGGCGGCAUCUGCGUGUACUGCCUUGGCGUUUUCCAUGGCUCUUCCAGAGGCGUGGCUUCCCUUUCUGCAGAGCAGUAUGGAGAGAUAGCCUCUCAGGCCAUGUUCCCGAUGCAAUCAUUCGUUCCCGACCCGCUGGCGUCAGGCUGCAAUUGGGACAUCGUCUACCACGUGUGGUCGAACGUUAGUGCGACUGCGGGCUCCUGUGAGGAGGCAAAUCCUUUCGUCGAUUGCUGUGGUGAUGGGCAGUGUGCAGGUUUUCUGAGACACACGAGCCACUGGGGGCAGUGCUACAAGUUUGCCGAGAUGCCUGAUCAGCUGGUGGCGCAUGAGUGGACUCCUGAACCGUUGGAGCUCUUUGAUUCCGCAGCAGUGGCAUCGCAGUGGAGCUUCUACCUGAAGCGUCCCGUCAAGGAGCCUGGCUCUGCGUCCUGGCCGUCGUCGGGAAAGCCUCCCCCCCUCCUCCGCCCCACCCCCGCACCCCCCUCGCCACCCCCCUCCGCUGAAGCUCGCCGCCCGGAGCCGCCGCUCCACACGCGGCCUCUGGAGCAGACCGGCACUGCCGAAGAGGUCCACGUCGUGUUCACCGUGGACUGCCGCCCGUUCAACCUGUGGCAGAGCGAGCUGCUGUUCUUCUCCGCCCUGUCGGCCGGGCAGCCCGGACCUCUGACCGCGAUAGUCUCCGGGUGUGACGAGUCCAUGAGGGACCACCUGCAGGAGCGCCACAGAGCCCUCGCCUGGCCCCCACGGUUCACGCAGUACUUCGUGGAGGCCUUCAAUGACGCGACGUCGAUAUGGCUGAGCAAGCCGCACGGGUUCUACCAGUGGUACAGCAAGGCAGGGCCGUCAAGGGACGUCCUGGCCCUGGUGGACCCAGAUUUUGUCUUCCUGCGCCCUCUCACCGCGAAGCUGGACACGGCCGCGGCGCCCCGCGACUGGGCGGGGCCCGUGCCGACUCGAGUGCAGAAGGGCUUUGUUGUGGGCCAGCGGUACGAAAAUUUGAGGCCACAGUUGGAUAGUACCCUGUAUCACUUUAAUUUCGAGGGGCACAAUAUGAGUGAGGACGAGUUCCUGAGUUGGGUUUGUAGCGGUGACAAGGACGGGGAGACAGGCUGCAGAGGCCUGACACUCUACGAGUUUGGCACUUUUCAUGGCUCUGGGGUGCCCUACAUAGCGCACCGGGAUGACUGGGACUGGCUUGCGCCAGAUUGGAACAGCAUCAACGCACGGUUGCACAAGUAUGCGCCCAAGGGUUAUUACAUUGAUAUGUGGAGUUGGAGUUUGGUCACUGCUCACAGAGGUCGUCGGCAGUUCAUUCAGGAAAAUCUGAUGCUAUCGUCCGCUGUGGCUUCUUUCGAAGACUGGCAGGCCGUUGAAGCCCUGCGCGUGGACGCGUGCUACACGGACGUCGAGGAGAUCCUUUCGUUCCUCAUACCAGGUCGCUCGCCGCAGCAGGCGCUACCUGGUCAUCAAGCCCCCAAUUUUCUCCACUAUUGUCUCCCCAUCUACGUGCCUUACCCGAGCUUCAAAGACCAGGACGGCGGACGUCUGUGGAGCAAGUACUGGUUCGACUGGGGCGUGGAGAGAGGCAGGCCGCAUGCGCUGGAGCGGUGCAAUGACACUGCGAACGCACCCAUGGUUGGUCCAUACCCAGCACUGAAAUGGUUCAAGACGUCACCUCCAAGGCGGGCGCAGCCAAACCAGUCGAUGCCGAUCACCGAGCUGCGGAACCGGUUCCUGGGGUGCGUUGCAAAGGGUAUAUUUAGGAAAGCGGUCCAGGCUUUGUGCCCUGGGCAACCAAUGGCUGGAGACGUCAUGGAGUCGACGGACCCCCUGGACGAGUGAGCUGCGCUUCCUCGAGGGAGGAGGGGUGGAGGAGAGGAGGAGGAGCAGAGCGGCCUUGCCUCCCGAGAGGGCGGCGGCUUCCCAGAAGGGGCCGGCCCCUCUCCACACGGAGCCCCGUGCACUAUCCAGUAGACGGGGAGCCCUCUGCUCGUUUCAUUGUUGGCCCUCUGCCGCCGCCGCCGCCGGUGAUGUAUGGACGAGACGUGGGGCGGUCUGCACCGACGAGGGAUACGGUAAACCCAUAGUUAGGAGGUAGAGGGGACCGGAAGGACCGUUUCGGCCGUUCGAAAAAGCACCUCAUCCAUGUCCUCCUCCUCCUCCUGGGGGAUAUCAGUCCCAGCUGGGGUUGAGCUGGAGGUCGACCCUCCACCGUCAGCACAACCACAGGGGCAGCAGCAUGAUCGAGUCGUCGACCCUUCGUCCGACUCGUCGUGUACCGUCGAAGCUGCUGCCCCAACAUCUCUCCCUCUUGGACCGCGCGAUGCGGAAGAGGAAGCAGCCUGUUCAUUGUUUGGCUUGCCUGGUCAGAGUCACUCCCAGCAGGCCGUGCAGCAGGUGCCUGAGCCAGCCUCGUCGGCUGGACCCUAAUUGAGCGACGUAUGUUUAAUUCGUUUGUUGUCGGGCUGCCUUUCCGAGCACGGUAGGAAGGGUUCAGGUGAGACAUCCAG